ACAAACGUUCCAUAUGCAUAUCGCGAGGUGCCCUAGGAACGUACACAGUUUAUCACUCUCUGACGUUCUGUUGCUGUUACUUUAUCCACCAGGUUAGACAAAUCAACAUGGCCGACGCUGGAGCUUUGUUGCUAUCGAGAGAGCGAACUCCUCCAAUGCCGACUCUACCGCUGCGAUCGGGAACCCUGGCUGAAACCGAACUGGCUCAGAGUGUUGCGAAGCUCAGUACAUUGAACGACAGCGGUGUAACUGGUCUAGUCACCGGUGCUCCAUCGUCACAAGGGUUCCGUUCGGCGAAACACACGCCUCAAGAAUGGAACGAAUCUAACUAUCAGAAAUAUUACCAAUCAUUUUCUGAUCGGGACAACGCCGAGAGAGUGAGACAUGAAUCGAAGAAGACUGCUGCCGAAACAGCGGCUCAGACACAGCGUACGCAACAGGACUCUACUAAGAAGCUGGAAGAACGUAUCCACGAUAUACAUUUCUGGAAAGAGGAGCUGAACAGAGAAAUCGAUGAAAUCAGGAACGAAACUGAUCUGCUUUGUGCACAGAAAAAGAGGUUGGAGAAUGCCCUGGAUGCAACUGAUGUCCCACUUAUGAUUGCCCAGGAUAACCUCAGAUGUCGUGCCCGAAGACGAGAAGUCGAUCUUGUACAAGACAACGUGGAAUUGCAGCUAAACAAAGAAGUGAGUAUAAUCAUGAAAGUGCGAGAUCUACUGCAGAGGACUAUCGCCGAAUCAGAUAAACAGAUCAAGUUGAACCGUGGUGGUAAGCACAAGUUGACCAUGGAUUGGUCAGAUAAACUUGAGGCAUUCAGACUUGAUGAGAAGUGUGCCAGUUUGAAUAACAACUCUACUGAUAUCCAGUAUCAUGAAGGAUCUGCUAAAUUUGAGGAAAUUGCUUCAGAUCCAGAGUCAUGGGCCAAAUUCUCACAUGACAACAUUGUUAGAGCUGAACAUGAACGCAUGGCAUCUAUUCAACUUAGGAACUUGAUUGAUAAUAUCUUAACUGAUACUUCCAAUGAUAUGCGUGAACAGUGCAAUACUGUGGACUCUGCCUUUGCCAAGAGAGUAGAGGAGGUCCAUAAUGCACUCACACAGAUGCAGAACCAUCUCAAAAAGGUCAUUGAUGAAGUUGCCGACAUGGAGAAAAAUAUUAAUGAUUUGAAGCAAGCCAUCAAAGAUAAAGAAGCCCCAAUGAAAGUAGCCCAGACUCGACUUCACAUAAGAACAGGCAGACCUAAUGUUGAACUGUGCCGUGACCCUGCACAAUACAAAUUAAUUGGUGAGGUUGGUGAAAUUCAACAGUCAAUUGACAACUUAACGCAGAGAUUGGCAGACUCUGAAGCCUCUUUGAAAGAUCUCAUGGAUACCAGGAUGACUCUAGAAAAAGAAAUCACUGUCAAGAAGAACAGCCUUUUCGUUGACAAGGACAAAUGCAUGACCACCCGUACACGUUAUCCCACUACAUCAAAACUUGUAGGAUAUCAGUAAGAACCAGACCAAAAAAAAAAAUAGGACAUCAACAAAUAAUUGUAAUCUUAGGGUGCUGUUUUCAACUGUGAAAACCAUGGGGGAUAAAUUUAUUUGUAAUUUAACUAAAAAGUAUGACGGCAUUGCCGAUAUCAUGAUAAACUGGACACAUUUGUAGAGAUUCUCAAACACAUUGAUAAGGAUUUUUUUCUGUGAAGUUUGCAUAUUAACUAUGCAACUGCCAUUUAUAUAUAAAUCUGCUCAAUAAAGUAAUAUGCUGAAAAUGCAGUGGUGUUUUCUAGUCUAGUUUAUGUUAGGUGUAGUGCAGAGUGGUAGGGUUAGGGGGGAUUAUAUAAAUUACCAAGUAGUGCCUCGAUCAAGGCAACGUCUUUUUCUUUUUUAAAAAAAAGCUUUCCUUUGUUUUAUUUACAUGGCGUGCAGUGAAACUUAACGUUUAUUUCAAAUCAACUUUUUAUUGCACCACCAGAUUCCCGGUGUUCUCACUAUUUUAUACCCCAUUGUCACUAAUAAUGCAAGUCUGCGUCAGUGUGAUAUAUUAAAGACAAUUUGGACAGAAUGACAAAUGUGUCAAAUUCUGCAUGUUCUUGGCAGUAGUGAUUGAGUUUGGUGGCACAUACAGUAUAGUCAGUGAUGUUAAGUUUUACUUAUUGCUGUCUUCAAAACUGGAAUGUUACUAUAUAAUAUACAAUAAAAUAUGUUUUCCUAUACAA